ACAGGGAGGUGUGGCCACGGCCGGAGCCAAAAUGGCCGCGACCGGACGCCAGUUUCACACUCCGCACUGAUUCUUAGCUAGCUCAACAAGGAACUAGCACAGAGGAGGAACUCCGGGGCAGACGAAUAUGGCUGAACUUGAUCAACACGAAGGGGAGCAGGACAUUGAGAAGAAAAUUGAGGAGACGAGACAGAGAUUUAAGAAUGAGUUCCUGCAAGAUUCAACAGAAAAAUAUGACUCCAGGGAUGUGGAAAGGCUUCAAAAUGAUGAAUCACUGGUGGAAGGCUACCUGACAUGGAGACUUUAUGUCGUUGAUGAUGCCUUGAAAAUGAUUGAUGAAAGCCUUCAGUGGAGAAAAGAGUUUGGCGUGAAUGAUCUCACUGAGAGCGUCAUUCCCAAAUGGAUGUUCGAGACUGGUGCUGUCUACCUCCACGGCUAUGACAAAGAGGGCAACAAGCUCUUCUGGUUCAAAGUGAAGUUACACACCAAGGAUGCAAAAACAAUCCUGGACAAGAAGAAGUAUGUUGCCUUCUGGCUGGAGCGGUAUGCAAAGAAAGAGCCUGGGAUGCCACUCACUGUAGUGUUUGACAUGGCAGAGUCUGGCCUCAGCAAUAUAGACAUGGAGUUUGUGAAGUACAUUAUCAAUUGCUUCAAAGUAUAUUAUCCAAAGUUUUUGUCCAAAAUGAUCAUCGUGGAUAUGCCUUGGAUCAUGAAUGCUGCAUGGAAGAUUGUGAAGUCCUGGUUGGGACCCGAGGCAAUCAGCAAGCUCAAGUUUGCAUCCAAAACUGAGAUCCAGACAUUCAUAGACCCAGAGUACCUGCCACCUCACAUGGGUGGAACGGACCCCUUCAAGUAUAGCUACCCGCCUCUUCCUGAUGACGACUUCCAAACGCCCAUUUGUGAUAACGGACCCAUUGUUAGUGAGGAUGAGACGGAGAGCAAAGAGGGUGAAAUGGAGGGCAAAGAUGCACUUGAGUCCAGCUUCAACUCUGAGGUUGCUGUAAAGCCCAAAAAGGUGAAUUUCCUGGAAGACAGUUUGAGGUCAGAGGAAAAUGAUAAAGGAGACACAAGCGUCAGGACCAAAGGAGCCAGGAAGCCGCUGACCACCUUCAAAGGCCCCCUGCUGGAUGUUAGCCCUGCAGAGGAGCUCAGCUUUGGUUCUGGAGAGACAGAGAAAAAAAGCCUCAUUAUCCUGAGCAAUGUGACCAAAAAUCAAGUGGCCUUCAAGGUACGGACCACAGCACCUGAGAAGUACAGAGUCAAGCCCAGUAGCAGCUGUUGUGAAGCAGGAGCAUCAGUAGAUAUAGUGGUGUCCUUACACGGAGGCUCUCAAGCCUCUCCGCAGGACAGAUUUUUGGUUAUGGCUGCCGAGAUGGACAGUGUUGGAUCACAAGAACUGGCACAGUUCUGGAAAGAAGUACCGAAAGCCAAGGUCAUGGAACACAGGUUGCGCUGUCAUCUUCUGGAGAGUGCUAAACCCACAGUGAGUCCUCUCAGGGACAGCCCUGUGGAGGCAGGGACCAGCGGGCAGCAGGAAUUAAACACAGCGCUCAUGCGACUGAUGGCCUGCAACUCACGGAUGGAGCAGAAGCUGAAUACGUGUCUGUGGGUGCAGAAGGUUCUCACUGGGCUGGUGCUGGUCCUUGUGGUGCUGAACCUGCUGUGUCUCUUCAUGCUGGGUACUUCCCAGCGGCCGUCCUGACCUGCCACCGCUCCCUCCGGCUAAGGGAGCUGUGGCUAAUCUGUCGACCACAGACACACAGACGGUUCCGGGGGGGCGGCCACGGUCAUCCUGGACCCUCCUCCUCCUCCUCCUCCUCCUCCUCCUCCCAGGUUGCUGUCAUGCAUUUGAGGGGGGCCGACUUUAGGGACAUGUGAGUUGUUAUAAGAAGAGAUUGUGGUGCUUUUCAGGCACGUGAGAGUAAAUACAACAGAGACAUUUUUAACAACGUGACAUCAGAUCAAUAAUAAUGUAUUUUUUAAGACGGAUCAUUGAAAAAUAAAUGUGUAUUUAUUGCAGAAGUCACAGUUAUUUUUGUGAUCAUAAUAAUGUAAAAUUUUUUAUAUUGUAGAAAUCUACAGAAUGUAAAAAAAUAAACACUUUUGUCAAUUUACAUC